CCUCCCUCGUAAAUACGGCGAAAACCAGGGGGCAAACCGGAAAAGUAGCCGCGAUCUUUUGUGCGCCGCCGCCGCCGCCGUCGAAGGCGAUGGUCUUUAUGCGAUUCCGCCCCCGUCUUUUUGGGUGCUCGCUUUUCAGUCCCUCUAAACCCAGAACCCCAACCCUAGCCACCGCGUCCGCCGCCGCCGCCGCCGCCGCGCGCCGACGUAGAAUUGUUUCCAUGGCGGCGUCGUCUUCGUCGGAGGACGCGCUGCGCCGGGCGCUGGCGGAGAGGCAGGCGGCCGUGGACGCGCAGGCGGAGGCGGUGCGCGGGCUCAAGGCGGCGGGGGCGGAUGUGGAGGCCGCCGUCGAGGCGCUCAAGGCGCUCAAGGUGGAGGCCGGCGCCGCCGCGCGGAGGCUGCAGGCGGCCGUCGGGUCCGGGGGUGGUGGGGCCGCCGCGCGGGAGGAGAUGCGGCAGGCGGUGGUGAACACGCUGGAGAGGAAGCUGUUCUACAUCCCGUCCUUCAAGAUCUACCGCGGCGUCGCCGGGCUGUACGACUACGGCCCGCCGGGCUGCGCCGUCAAGGCCAACGUGCUCUCCUUCUGGAGGCAGCACUUCGUUUUGGAGGAGAACAUGUUGGAGGUUGACUGCCCCUGUGUGACUCCUGAGAUCGUCUUGAAGGCGUCAGGACAUGUCGAGAAGUUUACCGACCUCAUGGUUAAGGACGAGAAGACGGGAACAUGCUACCGUGCUGACCACCUGUUGAAAGAUUACUGCAAGGAGAAGGUUGAGAAGGAUCUCACCUUGUCUCCUGAGAAGGCUGCGGAAUUUAAGCAUGUUCUUGCCGUUUUGGAUGACCUUUCAGCAGAGGAACUUGGUGCAAAGAUUAAGGAAUAUGGAAUUGUUGCCCCUGAUACCAAGAACCCGCUCUCUGACCCCUACCCGUUCAAUCUCAUGUUCCAGACAUCCAUUGGCCCUACUGGUCUUAGUGUGGGGUAUAUGAGACCAGAAACAGCUCAGGGUAUUUUUGUCAACUUCAAGGACUUGUACUAUUACAACGGGCAAAAGCUCCCUUUCGCAGCAGCUCAAAUUGGGCAAGCAUUCCGUAACGAGAUCUCUCCACGCCAAGGUCUUCUACGUGUGCGUGAAUUUACAUUAGCUGAGAUUGAGCACUUUGUAGAUCCUGAGGAUAAAUCACAUCCAAAAUUUGCUCAUGUUGCUGGUUUGGAGUUUUUGAUGUUUCCAAGAGAGCUGCAACUUUCAGGGGAGUCAGCCAAGUUAGUGAAGCUUGGGGAAGCAGUUUCAAAGGGAAUUGUUAAUAAUGAGACACUUGGUUACUUCAUUGGGAGAGUCUAUCUUUUCCUAACACGUUUGGGUAUUGAUAAGACCCGGCUACGCUUCAGGCAGCAUCUACCUAAUGAGAUGGCCCAUUAUGCUGCUGACUGUUGGGAUGCAGAGAUUGAGUGCUCUUAUGGAUGGAUAGAGUGUGUGGGCAUUGCUGACAGAUCUGCGUAUGAUUUGCGAGCUCACUCUGAGAAAAGUGGUGUUCCACUUGUUGCUCAUGAAAAAUUCUCAAAACCUAGAGAGGUUGAGAAACUUGUUAUAGUGCCCUCAAAGAAAGACCUCGGGCUUGCUUUUAAGGGGAAUCAGAAGAUGGUGGUUGAAGCAUUGGAGUCUAUGAGUGAGAAAGAAGCAAUGGACAUGAGGGCUGCCCUGGAAUCGAAGGGUGAAACAAAUUUCCAAGUGUGUACCCUUGGAAAGGAGGUGGUUAUUACCAAGAAAAUGGUAUCCAUCAGCAUGGAAAAGAAGAUGGAACACCAACGAGUCUUCACCCCAUCAGUCAUUGAGCCUUCAUUUGGCAUUGGGAGGAUAAUCUACUGUCUGUUUGAGCAUUCCUUCUACACACGACCUAGCAAAUCGGAAGAUGAACAACUCAAUGUCUUCCGGUUCCCUCCUAUUGUUGCUCCUAUCAAAUGCACUGUGUUCCCCCUGGUAAAGAAUCAGGAGUUCGAUGCUGCUGCGAAGGUUAUUGAUAAAGCACUAACAGCCGCAGGCAUUUCACAUAUUAUUGACACUACUGCCAUUUCUAUUGGGAGGAGGUAUGCAAGGACAGACGAGAUUGGUGUUCCUUUCGCGGUAACAGUUGACUCUGCGACAAGUGUGACAAUCAGGGAGAGGGACAGCAAGGAGCAGAUCCGAUUGGGCAUCGACGAGGUGGCAUCAGUGGUGAAGCAGCUGACGGACGGGCAAAACACCUGGGCCGAUGUUUCAUUCAAGUAUCCCAGCCAUGUUGGUCCCCAAGGCGAUCAGGAAUGAAAAAUCCAACUCCUGUUUGAAAGAAGUGUCCCAGCUUGGAAGCUUCUUCAUCCCCCAAUCGCCAUGAAGAUUCACUUGAAUCACUUAGAAAGAAAAAAAUGGCUCUUUUCUGGUUUCAUGCAAUCUGGCAAGAAGAAAAUUUGUCUACAGCACCUGGACGCCCUUACAUCUCACCCCAUUGGUUUUUUCCCUCUCUUUUCAAAAGUAUUACCUGAUUGGCAUAUUACAAAUACAAAACAUAGCAUUUGAUUUUCUACUGAAUUUGCUCUUUUUAACUUGUAAUGUCAAAACAAGAACUGUUCACCCUACCUUCCAAGUUCCAACAAGUGGGCUGAAACUUUGAGUUAGUUUACUUUUCUCAGUUGGACUCAGAUGGCUCUGCCUGUCUCUAAUGUUGCUUGAGGAUUAAGGUGAAGCCGUGAAGGUAUUGACUGGCUGCUUCAAAGUUGAAUCAAAGCAAAUCUUAUACGGAGAAUUUGCUCCUGCUCGGUUGAUUUCUCGGUUGUCUUUUCGAAUUUUCCAUGGAUUUCAAGCUUUAGUCUAACAUGGAAGCUGCAUUUGUCCCUUCCAUUGCAUUGCAUUUUAACCCCUGCCUACUAGCUGCACUUUGUC